GGAGGCAUCCAGACUAGAUGCCCGAGCCACCUCAACUGGCUCCUCUUCAUGUGAAGGAACAGCGUGAGCACAUCCUGGAUGACUGAUCUUUUAGGGCAGUGCUUCAUACAACAUGGAACAAGUCCAGCAGAUGAAGAAGUCGGUGCAGUCAUGCAUAGACGCUCACAAGGACGAGCUACACAGUUUGAGUCAGGACAUUUGGGCCCACCCUGAACUCGCCGGGAAAGAAAAGUACGCCAUGGAGCGCUUCCUGCGCUUCUUCCACUUGGACCCAGCCUGGAGAGUCCAAAGUCCUUACAAGAUGCCUACCGCCUUCCGGGCCAGCUGGGGCCCGGUGGGAGGCAAUGAGGGAGACCCGGUUCUGAACGUGGCCUUUCUGUGUGAGUACGACGCCCUGCCUGAUAUAGGCCACGCGUGCGGACACAACCUGAUCGCUGAGGUGGGAGCCGCUGCCGGUUGGGGUCUGAAAGCGGCUUUGGAGGGACAAGCAGAACUUCCGCUCCGAGUUAAGGUGACAAUUCUGGGAACUCCAUCCGAGGAGGAGUUCGGAGGAAAAAUCGAGCUGCUCAACGCGGGAGCUUUUGAGGACAUCGACCUGGUCUUCAUGGCCCAUCCUGGUGCGGAGGAUGGGAUCUUUCUCAUUUCCAGCAUGUUGGUGAAGUACCAUGGGAAGGCCAGCCACGCGGCCGCUCUGCCAUGGAUGGGCUUGAACGCCUUGGAUGCUGCCGUGCAGGCUUACAGCAACCUCACCAUGCUGAGGAAUCAGCUCAAGCCUGGUUGCAACUUUGAAGGCAUCAUCAAACACGGAGGGGUGAAGUCCAACAUCACGCCCUCCUACUCAGAGCUCCAGUAUUGUCUGCGCGCACCCAUGAUGAAGGAGGUUGCUGAGAUGAAGGUCAAAGUCGAGGCUUGCUUUAAGGCUGCUGCCAUAGCGACUGGCUGCCAAGUGGAGAUAACCUACCCGGAACACACCUACUUGAACAUUGUUCCCAACACCACACUGGAGAAGCUUUAUGAAGUUAACGCACAAGUUUUAGGGAUUGAGUUUCCGGUUGAUUUUAAACUUUUAUCAUUUGUCGCAGUUGCCACAGACUUCGGCAACGUGUCAUACGUGAUCCCUGGGAUCCAUCCUAUCUUCUCCAUCCUCACGACCGCUUACAACCACACCGAGGCUUUCGCCAAAGCGGCAGGCUCUGAAGAAGCCCAGAUGUACACCCUGAGGGUGGCCAAAGCUCUGGCAAUGACAGCUGUGGAUGUGCUGUGCAGCCCACAUUUGCUGAGGCAAGUGAAAGACGACUUUGCUCAGGCCAAAGUGAAGCAGGAGAAAUGAGGAGUUGACAUGAGUACACAAGUUUAACAGCAGAUGUCUGUCACGGCUAAGGCAUUUGUUUUGGGUGAGGUCUUUAUUUAGGCAAAUGCUUUUUUUCUGCAAAUAUCAAUGGAGGAGAUACAGUAUCAAUGCAGUGUCUUAUUUGAGGUAUGGUGUGUAUUUAUCCACGUGAAAUUCACUGGGGCGUGGCAACGACGACAGCGAAGGCUAUUAGUGGAAAUGCAAUAAAAUGUCUAAAUGAUACUAAAGUGUACAAUACAGAA